CCCCGCGCGCUCCGCUUCGACCCGCCGCCGGCGCGCGGCCUCGCGUUUCGCGCGCGCGGCCUCGGCCUCGCGCUGCGCCAGCGACGGCGGCUUCUUCCUCCGCCGCUCUCGCGCCGUCGACUCGUCGACGGCCUGCGCGCCGCGACGCGUGAGAGGCGACGAACCGCGGUCGGACGAGAAAUUAACGGCGCCGCGCGCGCGCCGCGUCCGCGGCGCCGAAGAUCAGGCCCUUGACCAGCUUGCGCAGGGCGGCGCCGUCGCGCGACUGCGAGGGGAAGGCGGCCGCGUCGACUACUACGCGCGAGUCCCGCCGAGACGCCGGGGCGCGCUUCCUUGGACUUUUUCUUUUUCGUCUUUUUGGGGGCAUCGGCGUUGGCUGGGCACCCGUCGCCGCGCGACGACGUCGCGGCGGCGCCGGCGCCGGCCAUGCCGCACACUUUGUGCCGCAGAAGGAGUGCGUCUGCGUCGGCUUGCUCUCGGCGGAGCCGCCCUUGAGCUGGGACGCAAGGGACUCGGCGUCUGCGCAACUAAGUGUGGGGCGGCACAGCACCAACUCCUACCGGUCGCCUCGCCGCGAAGGUCGGUUCCUGCCAGCUGAUCCGGUCGGCCGCGCCAGCACAGCGGCGACCGGGCGGCGAGCACGCGAGGUCGGUGUCGCGGCGCGGCCAGCGCGACGUGUGCACCUGCGCAGCUCGGCUGCGGGCUCCGGAAGGCUCCGCCGCGCCGCUCGAGCCGUCAGCCCAGGUGUGAGUCGUGCGCGUGUAGAGGCCUCGGAAUAAAAUAAUAAAUAAAAAAG